AUGGUGUCUACUGUGGGAAGGCCGGCGCACAUCCAGUUUGCACGCAACGGCACCCGAGGACGGCAUGUGUCUUCACGACCACCCACCAGUGGUCUGACGAUUGAAGAUGCCCUGGCCCCAAUCACGUCCACUGCAGCAAAGACCCGAAAAAAGAGGCAAAUUGCUACUUUCAUAUAUGCAGGGCUUCUUGCAGCCUCCCUAGUGGCCGACAUUUUGGCUCUUCUGUUCUUGACCAGACCCUCUGUUCAGCAGGCGGGAGUGGCCACUCUUCAUUGUAACACUGUACAGCAACUGAGUUGGGAUAUAACUAAUCGCGUUUCUCAGUUAAACGGGGAAGGCCUCCUGCUCAAGCGCGGCAAGAAGGCCUAUACCAUGGGCGAGACCUACGUCACCGCAACAUCUGCCAGAAUAGAUGACAAUACUGCUGAGAUCACCACAGCAGCUAGUAAUGUGCCUCUCCUCACAGCAACCACGGCUCCUGAUCGCCCUGGCUUCUUGACAAGUGAUACCAAUGGAUCUGACUGGAUUUCUAUCGGUACCCAAGCACUGUGCUUUCAGUCUGGUCCAAGCAGCCGGGUGUGUCAUCCGCUCCCGGCAAACCUUUCAAUUAUUCUGCCUCCUUCUAUGCAACUUGUGCUGGGGGACUCCGUUUCACAAUUACAAGAUUUUGAGCGGUCGGCUGCUGUUACAGCCAGGAGAGGUGCCCGGUCUGUCAUGGCCAUUGGUCUGGUACUGAUAUCUGUUGCGGUGACCCUGGUCUUGAUCUUUUCUUGGUGGUCGUGGGCUUAUGUGCACAGGGUGAAGUGGCUCAUGAUGGCAGUUGCCAGCCUGUGCGGCCUGCUUUUAACGAUUUGCUUCAAGAGUGAACUGAUGGAGCAGUUCAGCAGGCGGAGCGGCACGGGAAACUAG